CAGAGCAAAGGAGGAAUGGACUGUGGGCCACCUCCCACCCUCCAGUCCCGUCUGGCUGGGUCACCUAGCACUGCCCACCGCCCAGUAGCUGUGUGCCAGCAGGAGAGUCUGUCCUUUGCGGAGUUGCCCACCCUGCAGCCCCCAAGCCCUGUGUGUCUGGAUCUCUUCCCCGUCGCUCCAGAGGAGCUGCAGGCACCUGGCAGCCGCUGGUCUCUGGGGACCCCUGCUCCUCUCCAAGGGCUGCUAUGGCCACCAUCCCCAGGAGGCCCAGACACCGAGAUCUCUACCAGUGGGGGAAUGCGGCCCAGCAGGGCUGGCAGCUGGCCACACUGUCCUAGUGCCCAGUCCCCAGCUCUGGAGGGACCCUGGAGUCCCCAGCACCUACAGCCACAGCGCCGGGCCAGCCACGGCUCAGAGAAGAAGUCAGCCUGGCGCAAGAUGCGGGUGUACCAGCAAGAAGAGGCCCUUGGCAGCCCUGAGGCCCAUGCUGUCUUCCUGGAGCCAAGCCAGGCGACAGAACAGGCCCUGAGCACAGGGGAGCCUAGGCCGCUGGAGCUGCCUGGGCCCACCCGAGUGGGCCUCGAGGGGCCUGAGCGGAGGCGCUUCUCAGCCUCUGAGCUGAUGACCCGGUUGCACUCUUCCCUGCGCCUGGGACGGAAUUCAGCAGCCAGGGCACUGACCCCAGGGUCAGGCCCUGGAGCUGCCCGGGAAGGGAAAGCGUCUGGAAGAGAGUCGCGCAGUGUAGACAUGCGGGUGGACGCUAUGGCGAUGCCGGCUCUUGUUGACCUGAGCGGGGGCCAUGGCAGCUGUCCCGAGCCCAGGCUAGAUGCGCAGGAAGAGCCGGCUCCGGGUUCCAGGAGCGCCAGCGAGCGUCGCCAGUCACGGUUCCUCCUUAACUCGGUGCUCUACCAGGAAUAUAGCGACGUGGCCAGCGCCCGCGAACUGCGGCGGCAGCAGCGCGAGGAGGAGGGCCCGGGGGACGAGGCCGAGGGCGCGGAGGAGGGGCCCGGGCCGCCGCGCGCCAACCUCUCUCCGAGCAGCUCCUUCCGGGCGCAGCGCUCGGCGCGAGGCUCCACCUUCUCGCUGUGGCAAGACAUCCCCGACGUGCGCGGCAGCGGCGUCCUGGCUACGCUGAGCCUGCGCGACUGUAAACUGCAGGAGGCCAAAUUUGAGCUGAUUACGUCCGAGGCCUCAUACAUCCACAGCCUGUCGGUGGCCGUGGGCCACUUCUUAGGCUCGGCCGAGCUGAGUGAGUGUCUGGGGGUGCAGGACAAGCAGUGGCUGUUCUCCAAACUGCCCGAGGUCAAGAGCACCAGCGAGAGGUUCCUACAGGACCUGGAGCAGCGGUUGGAGGCUGAUGUCCUGCGCUUCAGCGUGUGCGAUGUUGUGUUGCACCACUGUCCGGCCUUCCGCCGCGUCUACCUGCCCUAUGUCACCAACCAGGCCUAUCAGGAGCGCACCUACCAGCGCCUGCUCCUGGAGAACCCCAAGUUCCCCAGCAUCCUGGCUCGCCUGGAGGAGUCUCCCGUGUGCCAGCGUCUGCCCCUCACCUCCUUCCUCAUCCUCCCGUUUCAGAGGAUCACCCGCCUCAAGAUGCUGGUGGAGAACAUCCUGAAGCGGACAACACAGGGUUCAGAAGACGAAGACAUGGCCACCAAGGCCUUCAAUGCACUCAAGGAGCUGGUGCAAGAGUGCAAUGCCAGUGUGCAGUCCAUGAAGAGGACAGAGGAGCUCAUUCACCUGAGCAAGAAGAUCCACUUUGAGGGCAAGAUCUUCCCGCUGAUCUCUCAGGCCCGCUGGCUGGUUCGGCACGGGGAGCUGGUGGAGCUGGCACCACUGCCCGCAGCACCCCCUGCCAAGCUGAAGCUGUCCAGCAAGGCGGUCUACCUGCACCUCUUCAAUGACUGCCUGCUGCUCUCCCGGAGGAAGGAGCUGGGGAAGUUCGCCGUCUUUGUCCACGCCAAGAUGGCUGAGCUGCAGGUGAAGGACCUGAGCCUGAAGCUCCAGGGCAUCCCUGGCCAUGUGUUCCUCCUUCAACUCCUCCAUGGGCAGCACACGAAGCACCAGUUCCUACUGAGGGCCCGGACAGAAAGUGAGAAGCAGCGAUGGAUCUCAGCCAUGUGCCCCUCUAACCCCCAGGAGGACAAGGAGGUCAUCAGCGAGGGGGAAGACCGCCCCCAGGUUCAGUGUGUCAGGACAUACAAGGCACUGCAGCCAGACGAGCUGACCUUGGAGAAGACUGACAUCCUGGCAGUGAGGACCCGGACCAGUGAUGGCUGGCUGGAGGGGGUCCGCCUGGCAGAUGGUGAGAAAGGGUGGGUGCCCCAGGCCUACGUGGAAGAGAUCAGCAGCCUCAGUGCCCGCCUCCGAAACCUCCGGGAAAAUAAGCGGAUCACAAGUGCCACCAGCAAACUGGGGGAGCCCCCCGUGUGAUGGGCAGCCAUGGCCUGGGACACCUGCUCCACGCCCGGCUCCUGGACAGGUCUGGAGGGGGCCUGCAGUGUCUCCAUGCCCCAAGCUGCUGUCGCUGGGACUUCCGUUCCGAGGCCUGGCAUUGAGAGUACAGGCUGGACACAGGAGGGCGUCUCCCCUGUCCUCAUGCUCCUCAGUGUCCACAAUUCAGGGACGAGGGUAGUUUCUUCCUCUGGCUUGGGGGCCACAACUUGUGACCUCUGAUAUCUGGCAAGGACUGGGGCCCUCUCCCUUUCCUGCCCUCGACACUGCCUGACUCUUGGUCCCUCUGGCAGGGACCUGGCUGGCAAUGGCUCUGGUGCUGAUGGGUGCUGGGACCUGUACAUGUAUAUGUAUUUGGAGUCUUCUGGCCUGAGCCUGUGUGGGCCCUGGUUGCUGUGACCUGUCUGUAAAUAAAGUCCCGUAAUGCCUUU